UUUAGUUUUUUUUUUAUUAUGGGUUUUGCUUUUGGAUAGGCCUUAACUAGUUAUUAUUAUUAUAUUUAAUAAUCAGUGUAAAAGAUUUUUUAAUGUUGCGCAAGUUAGCUUUGCGUUCUCCAACGUGUUUAAGAGCGUCUGUAUUUCAAAGACAUUAUGCGGAUGCUGUUAAAGGAGCAGUAAUAGGUGUGGAUUUAGGCACAACCAAUUCAUGCGUUGCUAUAAUGGAAGGCAAAACCGCUAAAGUUAUUGAGAACUCUGAAGGCUCUCGCACAACUCCUUCUGUCGUUGCCUUCACUGCAGACGGCGAACGACUUGUCGGUCAACCUGCUAAACGCCAGACUGUUACGAACCACCUUAAUACCGUCUACGCUACCAAGCGUCUUAUUGGGCGUAGAUUCGACGAUAAAGAAACCCAAGAAGAUAUUAAAAUGGUUUCUUACAAAAUUGAAAAAGCUCCUAACGGGGAUGCUUGGGUUCGUGCUCAGGGCAAGUCCUACUCUCCUGCCCAAAUUGGUGCCUUUAUUCUUCAAAAGAUGAAAGAAACUGCUGAAAAUUAUCUUGGCACUAAAGUUAAGAAUGCUGUGAUCACCGUCCCCGCCUACUUUAACGACUCCCAGCGGCAAGCCACCAAAGAUGCCGGCCAGAUCGCCGGUCUGAACGUUUUAAGGGUCAUUAACGAGCCCACCGCCGCUGCACUUGCUUAUGGAAUGAACAAAACCGACAAAGAUCAGAUAAUCGCUGUUUAUGACCUCGGCGGGGGCACCUUUGACAUCUCCGUGCUAGAAAUUCAAAAGGGGGUUUUUGAGGUCAAGGCCACCAAUGGGGAUACUUUUCUCGGCGGCGAGGAUUUUGAUAAAACCCUCGUGGACCACUUUGUGGCGACCUUUCAGAAAGAGCAGGGUAUCGACCUCCGCAAGGACGCAUUUGCGUUGCAGCGUCUGCGCGAGGCGGCCGAGAAGGCGAAAGUUGAGUUGUCCUCGUCGUCGCAGACGGAGAUCAAUCUCCCGUACAUCACCGCGGGCGCUUCAGAGCCGAAACACUUUGCUAUGAAGCUCACGCGCUCUCAAUUGGAAAAACUCACGGCCAAGCUUAUCGAGCGCACUAAAGAGCCGUGCCGACGGUGCGUGAAGGAUGCCGAUAUCAAGUUUAGCGAUGUCCACGAGGUCAUUCUGGUAGGCGGGAUGACGCGUAUGCCCAAAGUAGUCUCCACCGUGCGGGAACUGUUUGGCCGCGAGCCGUGCAAGGGGGUCAAUCCGGAUGAGGCUGUCGCCAUUGGUGCGGCCAUUCAGGGCGGCGUUUUGGCUGGGGACGUCAGUGAUGUGCUUCUCUUGGACGUCACGCCGCUGUCGCUUGGCAUUGAAACUUAUGGAGGCGUCUUCACUCGCCUAAUAAACCGCAAUACGACUAUUCCUACUAAAAAGUCGCAGGUUUUUUCUACCGCUCAGGACGGCCAGACACAAGUUGAGAUCAAGGUCUUUCAAGGCGAGCGUGAAAUUGCGGAGCGCAAUCAACUUCUCGGGCAGUUCAGCCUUUCCGGCUUUCCCCCGGCUCCACGUGGUGUACCCCAGAUCGAAGUCACCUUUGAUAUCGAUGCAAAUGGCAUCGUUAAUGUCCACGCGCGAGACAAAGGGACCAACAAGGAGGCCAAUAUUGUCAUCCAGUCGUCCUCUGGUCUUUCCAAAGAGGAGAUAGAGAAGAUGAUUAGAGACGCCGAGCAAUACGCCGCGGAGGACAGUAGGCGCAAGGAGACUAUCGAGGCCAGGAAUGCCGCCGAGUCGAGAAUCAACACUGUCGAGACUACCCUCGAGGAGUACAAGUCCCAGGUGACCGGGGAGGACCGCUCUAAAAUCGAAGAAGAGGUGCGCAAGCUGAAGGACGUGGUUGCGAAGGAGCAAGUGGAGUUGGAGGAACUUAAAGACGCCACUGCCGCCUUCGACAAGGCGACAUCCGAACUGUACCAGAUCAUCUCGAAGAAGAACCAGCAGCAGUCUGCCACUGAUGAGAAAAAGGACGAUCCCCCGAACGCCGAGUUUAAAGAUGCUGAAGAAAAAAGCAAAUAAGCGCCUUUUACUUAAUGGAUUUUUUUUUAACUAAAUAAAUAAAAGUUUUUUAUAA